CUAAUUUAUCGGAGCGAUAAAAUGAUUAAUAAAAGGUUUCGAUUAUUUUUGAAAGUUCCCGUAGAAAUUUGUGCCAAAAAAAUCACAAAAAUCUGGAUAUAUAUAAUUUUAUUAUUUCAUUUGCUGAAAUAGAAGAUAAAAGAAGCAGAAUUAAUCACAUCUGCUACGGCAUAGGGAAACAUCAAGAUGAGUUUAUAUAAAGGUGUGCAAUUUUCAAUAAUUAAAAAUAAAACAUGGCACAUAACAUCCGCUUAUUCCACGGCGGCAACUAAAAAAUCACAUGCACAAGCGCAACGAAAUGUCACCGAUGUGGGAAAGUCUUUGGCCUGCAAAGGGUUUUUGCGGUCACAGAAGCCUUAUAAUCCACCACAAAAUGUCGCUGACACCGUACGUUCAAUAUGUAACAAUCUAAAAAUAUCCUUCGCAAACGAUUACAAGUUGGAGAAUUUGGAGGAAAAAUUUAAAGUUUUAAAUGCCUGCUUUCAAGACUUUCAACAUAGUGUGCCGAAUUCACAGGUCCAUGAAUUGCAAAGCAUAGGUGAUAUAGUCAAAUUUUACGAGACCUCUGUGAACACCACAGUACCUUAUGAUGCACUUAGGAAUGCCAAACUUCCUGAAAAUUUGCAUAUACAAUAUGAUUAUGUACGCUUUAAUCCAGACACCGAUACAAAGUUUAAUGGUCAGACUGCAUUCCCAAAGAGUUCUACACUUGUCACGGGUUUAAAGUAUCGCGGCAAAUAUGAAGGAUAUAAUGCAAAGCGUUCCUGGCCUUAAGACCGUUAUUUUAAUCAAGCAAAUUUGUUAUUGUACAUUUGUUUGUUUGUUUAUUAAUAAAACUUAAAUUUACAUUAUUAUA